AUGCUAAAAGUUAUAGCCACACCAGCAGCGAAGAGUUUGUUCCGGAGGAAACGCUUAUGUAAUUUAAUGUGCACUUAUAACGCAAAAGCUACCGAAGAGGAAAAAGAAAAAGAAAUCGAAAGAAUCAAACAAAAUGCCUCAAUAGAUGAACCACCAACAGCCUGCUGCAGAUCAGGCUGUGCUAACUGUGUUUUUAUAGUAUGGGCGGAAGCAAUAACAGCAAAAAUGGAGAAUGCAGGACCAGAAAUAGCAGAGAAGAUUAUGAAAAUGGUAGAUGACCCCUCCAUGAAAGCUUAUCUAGAAAUGGAAUUGAGAUUAAGAGGUGUGAAAAAG